AAUGAGGGCUGAGGGGGAGCUCUCGCUCUCCACCCCCACCUCGCUCGUCGUCUGCCUUACAGGCCCCGCGCAGGGCCCCAGACAGGCCGAAUCCGGGCCUCCAUUUUGAGAGCCUGAGGGGAAAAAAGGCUUUUGUCUGAAGGGCGUGAACUCAAGUCCUCAGAGGGAGGAGGCCCAGGCUCUGCCAGGCCUCAAGGCCAGUUGGUUGCCGUCACCCACCUGCUGCCCAUACCUCUGCCUGCUGCCCCCGACACCGGUCAUCAUGUCUCACAGUGAGAGUCAGAGCCACGAGCUUGAAGUAGGCCUUAAGGCCCAAAGGGAGGCUCAGGGCCUGGUAGCUGCACAGGUUCCUGCAACUGAGGAGAAGGAAACUGCCUCUUCUCCUCUCUCUCCUUUGAUCCAGGGCGCCCCAGAGGCGGUGCCUGCUGCUGGAAACCCAGGUGUUCUCCAGCGGUCUCGGGAAGUCUGCUCUUCCUCCCCCGCCGUCGAAGCCACUCUAUCGAGCAAAUCAAAUGAGGGCUCCGGCCGCCCAAGACGGGAUGCAGGUGCCUCCCAGGCUCCAUCAGACCCGGCGAUCUUGCCUGGCGAUGUCCUGGACGAGAUGGUAGCUAGAUUGCUGCAGUUUCUGAGUGGCAAGUAUGUAGCAAAGAAGCCCAUCACAAAGGCGGAAAUGCUGAAGAGCAUCAAAGAGCACAAGAACCACUUCCCUGUGAUCUUCAGGAAAGCCUGUGAGUGCAUGGAGAUUGUCUUUGGCCUCGAAGUGAAGGAAGUGGACCCCAUCAACCACUCCUACGUGCUUAUCAAAACCCUAGACCUCACCUACGAUGGGAUGCUGAGUGACGACCAGGGCAUGCCCAAGACCGGCCUCCUGAUCCUUAUCCUGGGUGUGAUCUUUAUGGAGGGCGACCAUGCCCCUGAGGAUAGGAUCUGGAGGGUGCUGAGCGAGAUCGGAGUGUAUGCUGGGAGGAAGGAUUUCAUCUAUGGGGAACCCAGGAAGCUCAUCACCGAAGAUUUAGUGCAGGAAAAGUACCUGGUAUACCAGCAGGUGCCCCACAGCGAUCCGCCACGAUACGAAUUCCUGUGGGGUCCCAGGGCCCACGCUGAAACCAGCAAGAUGAAAGUCCUGCAGUUUUUUUCCAAGGUCACUGGGACUGACCCCACUUCCUUCCCGUACUGGUAUGGAGAAGCUUUGCGAGACGAGCAAGAACGAGCCCGGGCCACAGUGGCCACCACCGAUGGUACUACUGUCACAGCCAGUGAAGGUUCCAGUGUCCCGUCCAGCAGCUUCUCUCGCCCUGAGUGAAGCCUCAGGAAGAUC